CACUCCCUUGAUCAUGACACAAGGCCUAAUUACAAGCAAAUUGUCACUUUCCGCAAAACCAACGUUAACUCUGCUUCUCUUCUCUCGCUCACUCUUCAGUCUUCAUACCAUUUUCGAUACUUGAGAUUUCUUGGUCGAAGUCCAAGAGUAUAGAUCAAUCGAGAGAAAUCGAGAGAAAAUGGACAAAAUUAGCGGCGCGUUUGAGAAGGUGAAGAAUUAUCAAGCUGUAGAAAAGAUGAAGAUGCUUGUUGGUAUGGAAGUUGAUGACGAAGAAUCUACUGAUGUUAAUAAUUCGACUGAUGAAAGUUCAUUCUCUUUCAUGGAUGAUUUCAAUCGUAACUGCACUUUGUCUACUAAACAGAGAAUACAAGGCUUUGUCAUAUGCUUUGUUGCUGGGCUGACUUGUACAUUUUUGUCCAUGCUUGUAUUCUUCAACCCAAUCAAGUUUGGUAUCGCUUUCACCCUUGGAAAUUUGCUCGCUAUUGGGAGCACAGCUUUCCUUAUCGGCCCCAAAAGGCAAGUGGCAAUGAUGCUUGAUCCUGUACGUAUAUAUGCAACAGCCUUGUAUCUUGCGAGUAUGAUUAUCGCGCUGUUCUGUGCACUCUAUGUUCAUAACAAGCUAUUGACUCUCUUGGCAAUCAUUUUGGAGUUUGGUGCUCUAACUUGGUAUAGUUUGAGUUACAUUCCAUUUGCCAGGUCCAUGGUCAGCCGAGUUAUGGUCUCUUGUUUGGACACUGAAUUUUAGCUUGAUAUACUUGCGAACCUGAUGAAGCGUGUAUCCUUCUGUAGAAUGGACUGAGAGAGAACUCUUGUUUUUCACGGACGGUUUAAGGUGUGCCGACAACCCUUUCCAACAGUUAAUUGAGUUCCCACAAUUCUUGUUUUGUACAUAAAACGCAUGUAGAAUUUUGUCUGUGAAGGAAAAUUGGUGAAUAUCAUCUACACUUGUACCCUCAAGUUCCCUCCUGUAUAAGAUGCUUUUGUUGCAUAUCCCUGUUACCAAUGAUUUAGUACCGAUAAGGUCUCAAAUUUUAUAGGAUUACAUUUUCUGUUUUUCUUGUA